AUGAAACUAGUAGUAUUGAUCACGCACGCAUUUGAAGCAACUACCUACGUCGAAGAGCUCAGUGCUUAUGCUCCACAAGUGUCUCUAUGUAGAUUCGACUAUUUCAAAUUCAAAUCUUCAUUCGAAUAUAAUGCUUACAUUAAUUAUACACCUUUACUUAUAGAACCUCAUCGGAAAGACAUAAUCGAAAGUUUCGCUGCGUAUAUACAUUCUUCGAUGGUCAAAACCCUAUGGUGGAGGUUUGUGCUGAAUGAUCGGAUUUAA